AUCAGCGUGUUCCCAACACCAGGAAGAGCAUCGAACUGGCAACUGAAAUGUUGCUGAACUUUGGAGUUCAGUUGAAUUUAAUUUAAUUUCAGCAUUAAUCGUGGUACAUUUCAAUUUAAUUUACAGAUUGCCCAUAUAAUAUUAUCAGGGUGUAUCUGUUGGAGUGAGCAUGAGUUUAAACGGAAAAGAUAAGGACCCCGCUUCCCUAAAGGAAGAGGGGAACGCCCUUUUUAAGGCAGGGGACAUGCAGGGGGCUCUGUGCUGUUACUCCAAGGCACUCAAGCUGAGCGACAGCCAAACAGAGAAUGCUGUGCUGCACCGCAACCGCUCAGCCUGUUACCUCAAAUUAGAGGACUACACCAAAGCAGAAGUUGACGCAUCUAAAGCUCUUAAUGCUGACCCAAGUGAUGUGAAAGCACUGUUCAGAAGAGCUCAGGCGCUCCAGAAACUGGGGCGCCUUGACCAGGCAUUCAUGGAUGCUCAACGAUGUGCUCAACUGGAGCCCAAGAACAAGGCCUUCCAGGAGCUGCUGAGGCAGAUGGGAGCACAGAUCCAGCAGAAGUCCAUACAGAUGAACUCCACAGACUCCCGUGUACAGCAGAUGUUCUCUCUCCUUCUCGAUGCCUCAGCGAAAGCCUCAGACAAGCAGAAGGCUGCUCAGAACCUGGUGGUGUUGUCGCGAGAGGAGGCGGGAGCCGAGCAGAUCUUCCGUAACGACGGGGUGAAGCUGAUCCAGAGGCUGCUGGCCUCGAAGCAGGAGGAACUGGUCUUGUCUUCUCUGAGGACCAUGGUUGGCUUAUGCACAGGACACCAGUCUAGAACCAUGGCUAUAGUGAAUGAGUUGGGGAUGGAGCAGUUGUGUGAUGUCAUGGGCUCAGGGGCAUCCACUGUGUCCCUGGCUGCCUGCCACCUGCUGCAGGUCAUGUUUGAGGCCCUGACGGAAGGCAUGAUGAGGGAGAUUAGAGGGAAAAACGAGGCCAUGCUUCCAGAGCCAUCUCGAGAGCUGCGCUCUAUGCUUCGCCACCUGGUGGACAUGAUGCCAGCUUCCAGCGUGUCUGGGCCAGGCCGGGACAGUGCCCUCAACCUGCUAGUCAAACAGGUGCCUCGCAAGUCCCAACGGAACCCUGACAACACCCUCACGCUGUGGGUCAUAGACCAGGGGCUAAAGAAGAUUCUGGAGGUGGCGGGGACUGUUCCUGACAUCUCUGAUGGACCCCCCCUCACAGACAACACACACAUGAGCUGCUCUGUGCUGCUUAGCAAGCUGUAUGAGGACCUCAAAAGUGACGCGGAGCGGGAGAACUUUAACAAACUGUGCGAGGAAUAUGUCGAGCAGCAUUUUAGCCGCCCCGGGCUGGAGAGCAAGCUGAGAGCCAUUCAGACUGUGUCAGUGCUGCUGCAAGGACCCAGCGAUGUGGGCAACAGGACCCUGGAGAUGUCAGGCAUGAUGGACGCUGUCAUCGCUCUGUGUGCCUCCGAGGACGUCUGUCACCAGCAGGUGGCCGUAGAGGCUCUGAUCCACGCUGCGGGCAAGGCCAAGAGAGCCUCUUUCAUCACAGCCAAUGGGGUGGCCCUGCUCAAAGACCUUUACAAGAAAAGUGAGAAUGACCGGAUACGCGUGAGAGCUCUUGUGGGUUUGUGUAAGCUGGGGUCAGCAGGAGGUACAGAUUUCAGCAUGAAGCAGUUUGCGGAAGGCUCAACGCUGAAACUGGCCAAGCAGUGCAGGAAGUGGCUGUGUAAUGAGUCUUUGCCCCCAACCUCUCGGCGGUGGGCGAUUGAGGGCCUGGCGUACCUGACCUUCGAUGCUGACGUGAAAGAAGACCUAGUGGAAGACAAGAAUGCCCUCCAGGCCAUGUUUCAGCUUGCCAAGUCUGAGGACAAGACUGUGCUGUUUGCAGUGGGCUCCACUCUGGUGAACUGCACCAACAGCUAUGAUGUGGAGAAACCAGAUGCUCAAAUGGUGGAGUUGGCCAAGUAUGCCAAGCAGCACGUACCUGAAGAACACCCCAAGGACAGCCCCUCGUUCGUGGAGAAGCGUCUGUCCAAGCUGCUGGAGGCAGGCGUGGUGUCCGCUCUGGUGUGCAUGGUCAAACAUGAGAGCCCUGCCCUCACAGAGAGCUGCAGGGAGUGUAUCGCCAGGGUGUUCCUGGCUGUGGUUGAGAGGCAGGAGGACAGGGGUACCGUGGUGGCGCAGGGUGGAGGAAAGGCUCUGCUUCCCCUGGUGUCAGAGAGCACAGACGUGGGAAGGACCAAGGCUGCCCAGGCCCUGGCCAAGAUCACCAUCACAUCCAACCCCGAGAUCGCCUUCCCUGGGGAGAGGAUCUAUGAGGUGGUGCGUCCGCUUGUCAGCCUGCUCUGUCUGGAAUGCACUCUGCUGCAGAACUUCGAGGCUCUCAUGGCCCUCACCAACCUGGCAGGCAUCAGUGAGAGACUCAGACAGAAGAUCAUCAAGGAGAAAGCUGUGGCUAAGGUGGAGGGAUACAUGUUUGAGGAGCACGACCUGGUGCGUGCCGCGGCUACAGAAUGCAUGUGCAACCUGGUUCUGAGUACUGAGGUGCAGAAGCUGUACCUCGCUGAAGGGAACGACCGUCUGAAGAUGCUGGUGCUCUACAGUGGGGAGGAUGACGAGAGGCUGAGGAGAGCAGCUUCAGGGACCCUGGCCAUGCUGACCUCUGAGCAACCUGAGCUGUGUGCUCGCAUUCCUGGGACGACCACUCACUGGUUGGAGAUCAUACAGGCCCUGUUGCUUAGCGACAAUAAGGACCUGCGUCACAGGGGCGCGGUGGUCGUGAUGAACCUGAUGCAGGCGCAGCGGAGCCUCGCCGAGAGCCUGAUGGAGAGCGAGGUGCUGGAGAUCCUCUCUGUCCUGGCCAAGGGGGGCGCUGCCGAGCACGAGUCCAUCUCCAGGGCAGCCCAGCAGUGCCUGGACAAGGCCAUAGAGUAUGGCAUUAUCAAGAGCGGAGAGGGAGGAGAGGGUACUGAACCCUGAGGACAUGUGUGGGUGUGGGUUUGUGUGUGCGUGAGUGUGUGUGUGUGACGCAAAAUAAGACAUCAUUCCCCCUAUUAUUACUUUUGGCUUCGAAAUAAUUGGAAGAGCCGCUAGCAAACUGUGAGAACUGCAGGCUGGUUUGGGAAGGUAAAAAGGCCACCAACUGCUCCUACGAAAUGAUUUUGGAAACUGUUCAGUUCUGUAGGACCUAAUCUGUGAGCUGGUUUGCAAGGGUUGUUGCACCUUCACAACACUCUGUUCAGUAUUUAUCUGCCGAGGUACAAUACUCAGCCAGCAAGAGUGUCACUUGACCACACUAUAUUCAUGCCGAAUACUAUUUAAUCUGCACCACCUUGUAACUUGUUUUUCCCAUUCCAAACUUGUUCAUUUUUAUUUUUACUUUGUUAAUUAUGUACUGUGAACACAUUCUGCACACCUGCACCAGUAUCAUGAUUCAUUCCUUUUUUUUUUUACUGAAGAUCACAUUUCCUAGUCUUAUACAUUUCCAAAUGUCAUGUUUGGGAGUCAGAAGAGUCUUUUAAAUAAACAAUAUUUUAUGCUUUCAA